UGAGACAGCGUGAGAUGUGCCAUCUGGCAGCAGAGGCCCUGGCCGCCCUGGCCCCAGAAUAAGACUUUGAUUGUGCCGACGCGACGCGUGCAGCUGGACGUGUUGGCGGGUCGCAUUCCAAGCGCGCUGCAUCAUCGGCGACGUCGGCGACGUCCAAUCCAACCGAUCCACCGUCCGCCAUCGACCGGUUGAGCCACGGCCGCGCCUUACUGCCUGCCUGGCUCCCCGGUUCCGGGCCGCCGCUCCAGCCAGAUCCAGGGACGCGGCGGCUGCUUUUACGGCCUGGGUCUACGCGGUCCUGGACGCGGACUAGACCGCCAAGGACGCCGCGCGCCAAUUUCGUUCCGACAGAAUGCCCUCGCGUCCAGGACCUCCAGGACGACCUCCAGGACGACCAUGGGCAACAGCCUGGGCUGCGGUAGCUGCGGAAGGCCCAUCGCCGCCAACGACGGCUCGGUGCUGGACCGCGUCAUCUCGCAGGCGUCCAACGAGGACGACUGCCUGCUGUACCGCCUGGCCAACUACAAGAACGGCGGCGAGCUGAUCGACGCCUACAAUGUGGGCGGCCAGGUGGAGGUGGAGAAGCUGAUCCGCGAGCAGUUCGGCGUGCUCAUGUACUGCGACGGCAAGGGCCAGGUCAUCAACCGGGCCGAGUACCUGCGCUGGAAGUUCCGCGACCUCAAGCAGGUGGUGCUCCCCAUCGAGGCGUCCCUCAGCCCCCACGACCCCCUGGCCAAGUGGGAGGACCACGAGGCGUGCUGGCAGAUGCAGUACCGAGGCUCCCUGGGCGAGACCCUGCUGCACGUGCUCAUCAUCUGCGACACCAAGCUGCACACGCGGCUGGCGCGCCUCAUCAUCAAGUGCUUCCCCAAGCUGGCGCUGGACGUGGUGGAGGGCGAGGAGUACCUGGGCGCCAGCGGGCUGCACCUGGCCAUCGCGUACGCCAACAACGAGCUGGUGCAGGACCUGGUGGACGCGGGCGCCAACGUGAUGCAGCGCGCCAUCGGCAGCUUCUUCCUGCCGCGCGACCAGCAGCUGGCGCGCGCCAAGAAGCACACGGACUACGAGGGCCUCGCCUACCUGGGCGAGUACCCCCUGGCCUGGGCGGCCUGCUGCGCCAACGAGAGCGUCUACAACCUGCUGUGUGACAGCAGCGCCAACCCGGACGCCCAGGACUCGUUCGGCAACAUGAUCCUGCACAUGGUGGUGGUGUGCGACAAGCUGGACAUGUUCGGCUACGCGCUGCGACACCCGCGCCUGCCCGCCAAGAACGGCAUCUGCAACAAGGCCGGCCUCACCCCGCUCACGCUGGCCUGCAAGCUGGGCCGCGCCGAGGUGUUCAAGGAGAUGCUGGAGCUGAGCUGCCGGGAGUUCUGGCGGUACUCCAACAUCACCUGCUCGGCCUACCCGCUCAACGCGCUCGACACCCUGCUGCCGGACGGCCGCACCAACUGGAACUCGGCGCUGUUCAUCAUCCUGAACGGAACCAAGGAGGAGCAUCUGGACAUGCUGGACGGAGGGAUCAUCCAGCGCCUCCUCGAGGAGAAGUGGAAAACGUUUGCCAGGCAACAGUUCCUGAAGCGGCUGGGCAUCCUGGCCCUCCACCUGCUCACCCUGAGCAUGGCGGUGUACCUGCGGCCCGAGCGCAAGGCCAGCGACGUGGCCGUCGAGGAGGAGUGGGACGUCACCGCCGUGCUGAGGGCGAGCUUCGAGGUGGGCACGCUCUGCAACAUCAUGUCCUACCUGCUGCUGCAGCAGGGCGGCGAGAUCAAGAACCAGGGGCUGUCGUCCUUCCUCAAGCAGCUCGGCAACGCCCCGGCCAAGGCCAUCUUCCUCGUGUCCAACUUCAUGAUCCUGCUGUGCAUCCCGUUCCGCAUCAACGGCGACCACAAGACGGAGGAGGCCAUCCUCCUGUUCGCGGUGCCUGGGUCCUGGUUCCUACUCAUGUUCUUCGCAGGGGCGGUUCGCCUCACCGGGCCGUUCGUCACCAUGGUGUACUCCAUGAUCACCGGCGACAUGCUCACCUUCGGCAUGAUCUACACCGUGGUGCUCUUCGGCUUCUCGCAGUCCUUCUACUUCCUGUACAAGGGCUUCCCCGGCGUCAAGAACUCGCAGUAUGACUCGUACGCCGCCACCUGGAUGGCCCUCUUCCAGAUCACCCUCGGCGACUACAACUACCCGGACCUGAGCAACACGACGUACCCCGCGCUCAGCAAGACCGUGUUCGCCAUCUUCAUGGUGCUGGUGCCCAUCCUGCUGCUCAACAUGCUGAUCGCCAUGAUGGGCAACACGUACGCGCACGUGAUCGAGCAGAGCGAGAAGGAGUGGAUGAAGCAGUGGGCCAAGAUCGUGGUGACGCUGGAGCGGGCCGUGCACCAGACGGACGCGCACCACUACCUGCAGGAGUACUCCAUGAGCCUGGGGCCGAGCGACGACCCCGCCACGGAGCAGCGCGGCGUGCUGGUCAUCAAGAGCAAGUCCAAGACCAGGGCCAAGCAGCGCAAGGGCGCCGUCUGCAACUGGAAGGCACGUUUCUUAUCAUCCAGCAUCGCCAGGGACUCGGGGCGAGGCACUGAAACGGUUCUCUGUUCAGAGGGUGGGCAAGGUGACCAUCAACGAGCUGCGCAAGCGCGGCAUGUCCGGCGAGCAGCUGCGCCGUAUCAUGUGGGGCCGCGCGUCCAUCUCCACGCCCGUCAAGACCAAGAAGGGCGCCAAGGCGGGCCUCGGCGGCGUCAGCGACCUCACCGCCCUGGUGGCGGCGGACCCCUUCGCGAUGGACGCCUCCAUGGCGGUGGACGUGCGUCCCCUGGACGGCGGCCCCAAGCCGGAGGGCCAGGGCUUCGGCGCCCUCACCGCCGCCAUGGACAUGCUGGCCUUCUCCAACGACCUCAGCCUCCCUGACGGAACCACCCCCGGCCCUGCCCCCGCCGCUGCCCCC